AUGCCUGGAUUGUAUCUACUGGACUAUGGAGCUGGCAAUGUCCGCUCGUUGCUUAAUGCUGUUCACUUGCUGGGCUAUGACAUCAAAACCAUUGAAUCAGCUGCAGACUUUGACGACGCAGAGAGAAUCCUGUUUCCUGGAGUAGGAGCAUUUGGAGCUGCCAUGAACAGACUUGAGAAAAAGGGCUUCAUCGAACCAUUGAAAGCUUACAUUGCAUCUGGAAGGCCAUUUAUGGGCAUAUGUGUUGGCUUACAAUGUCUAUGUCUGGGGUCUGAAGAGGACCCAGAUGUCCCUGGCCUGGGUUUGAUACCUGCUAUGGUGACUAGAUUCAACGACACGACGAAAUCCGUACCUCAUAUGGGCUGGAAUGCUGUAGAUGUCACUCAGCAGCCUACUAUAAAGGAAUCAGAUGUAUAUGCAGAGCUGAAUCACGAUGGUGCUGACUCGACACGAUACUACUUUGUCCAUUCGUUUGCUGUCAUGUCAACACCAGCUACCAAGGAAUGGGAAAUGGGCACAACAACAUAUGGGAAUGAGACGUUUGUUAGUGUCAUGAGAAGGGGGAACGUGUUUGCUACACAAUUCCAUCCUGAAAAGUCGGGAUAUGCUGGACUAAAAGUAGUUAGGUCGUUUUUACGAGGUGGUGCUGGUGAAGCUAUACCACACCCAAUGUCGAAUGGAUCCCACACCAGUAAUCGUAAUACAGACCGUCUGACUCGCCGUGUCGUCGCAUGUCUAGAUGUACGAGCCAACGAUGCAGGUGAUCUAGUAGUGACCAAAGGAGAUCAAUAUGAUGUACGAGAAGCUAGUGAGACCGGUAAAGGUGAUGUCAGGAACUUGGGUAAACCAGUGGAUUUAGCAAAACGAUACUUCCAAGAAGGUGCUGACGAAGUCACCUUCCUCAAUAUAACAUCCUUCCGAUCAAUACCAUUACGAGACGCACCAAUGCUAAAAGUAUUAAUGCAAACAUCCGAAACCGUAUUCGUACCUCUGACCAUUGGUGGUGGUAUACGUGACAUGACGGAUCCAGACGGAACGGUCAUACCCGCUCUAGAUGUCGCAGGUGAAUACUUUAGGUCUGGAGCAGAUAAAGUGUCUAUAGGGUCCGAUGCCGUAUAUGCUGCUGAACGAUAUUGGGAAAUGAACGGUGUGAAGGACGGGACAACUGCCAUCGAGCAAAUAGCUCGAGUGUAUGGAAAUCAAGCUGUGGUGAUAUCAGUUGAUCCACGGCGAGUAUAUAUAUCAAAACCGGAAGAUGCACCGAAACAUCAAGUUAUAAAAACAGCAUUUCCAGGUCCCAACGGUGAAGAAUACUGUUGGUAUCAAUGUACAGUGAAAGGUGGUCGGGAAGGUCGUGAUACCGAUGUCAGGCAACUAGUCAUUGCUUGUGAAGCGUUAGGAGCUGGAGAGGUGCUUCUGAAUUGUAUGGACAAGGACGGCACCAACUCUGGCUAUGACAUGGAACUGAUAACAGCCGUCCGAAGUGCUGUGCGUAUACCCAUAAUCGCAUCCUCAGGUGCCGGCAAAGUACAACACUUUUCCGAAGUGUUUGACAGGACCAACGUAGAAGCAGCUCUGGCAGCUGGUAUCUUCCAUCGCAAGGAAGUCCCCAUCUCUGAUGUCAAACAACACUUGAGGGAUAGUGGAUAUCAAGUUCGGGGUAUAGAACAAGCGUUGUGA